GCUGUUUUUCGUUUUAUUUUAUCUAGUUUCUUUCAUUUUUAAAAUUUAUUAAUUAGAGUGUAAAAGUACGUCGCAGUUAAAUGGUUACGUUGUUAAGAAUAUCGCAAUAUUACUUUAGUACAUAUGUGUGAAAAAUGCAAUUGUAAUUAUCGUUUUGAAUUUCAUUUUCAUUAGGUUUAAGAGAACUAUUUUAUAUAAAAAAUUUUCGUGAUAGAAGUGGUAGAAAUCGGAUCGGUUUGCUAUAUUUAUACGUGGAAUGAUCGAACUGUUGUGUUGUUGCGUCUAUGGCCGAACAAGCUAGUUCUGUUCCGGGGGACGCGUCUUCUACAUCCCAUAAGUUCUCAGCCGAUAGCGGCAAGUCCGAUAAUUCUUCGAAAGAAGAAAAAGCUUCGGAAGAUAGUGAGGCGACGCGAUUCAAAACGUCCAAGAAAAGAACUCGCAUAAAUACUACCUCAGCUAGAAAAAAAAGAAAAGCGGCUAGUUCGAAUUCGAGUAAUCAUCCAGCAGUACCUGAGGUCAGUAAAAAUACGUCGAAAAAAUCAAACUCGUCUGUCAAACAGAAAACCACUCCGUUGGUGAAAAAAUCAAAGACUGCUAAAAAUAAAACAGCCGCGAACGAAGAUAAAAAGAAAUCCUCUUCGAGUCAAAUUGCCUCCGAAGGUGAUCACACUUGUGGUGAGUCGUCGACUAGCGGGGUAACGAGGGGUAGUAAGGCAAAAUCUGCGCCCGAAUUAGUCGUCAAGAGAAGGGUUCGGUUUCAAGCUGCUGUAUACGAAGCAGCCGAAAGUAGCACCGCGUCUGAUUCGAAUACGCAGGAUUCUGACGUCGAACAAAAUAGAAGUAAUACGCGUAAGAGCAAAGCUAAGAAGAAAAUAGUCAAUAAACGAUUGGUGAAUUCGAAGAAACGUCAGAAAGCCAAAGCAGAAGCGUUGAAACAAAAAAUACAUAAAGAUAAGAAAAGUGCACCGAAGAAAAGCUCAUCGACGGUGGUGGAAAGCUCGUCGAGCAAACGUAGUGCUACCGAAUUAGUUAGAGAAUACCCGUUACGUAAUCGUAUUAGAUAUAGUAUUACCAACGCCAGUACGGAAAAUACGUCAAACGCCAACACUGUGGAGUCUUCAAGUGAUACGCAAAAUUCCACCAAAUCCGGGAGGAGCGCUGUACCACAUAAAAAAGCCAAAUUUGGAUCUGCCGAAACACUGGGGGCGAGUAUUUCUUCAGGUGGACGUGAGGCGAGUACAAAUUCGACCGAUAACAACGUAUUGAAGUCGGAAUCGUCUCAGCCACCUUUACCCUUAUUCAGACGACGUAGUACUCGCCAAAAAACAACGGGUUCGUGCGCCAGUACAAGUCGACGAUCCCCUCGCGGAGGGAAGUUACCAUUUGCUGAGGGUACCGCUAGCGACGGAUCUCGUAUUGCCGGUAUGUCCGGAGGAGGUACCAACAAUGAACCGAAUAGCUCAAAUAAUUCUACAAACAACGCCGCAGUCGCCGCCGUUGCCGCUGCAGCUGCUACCGCCGCUACAAACGCUGCCGCGUCCGGUAACACCGACAAUACGACGGCUACGUCUUCGACGUCGACUGCCGCCAGCGCCACUCUCAGUAAUGUAUCUCUACGGGUAAACCCGUUCGAGAAUUUCUCCGUAGCGAUGGAUACCGAACGUAAAGGAACUUGGACUACGUUGGUGCAUUCGACCAGUGCUCCGGGCACAGCUGCUAAUCAAGAUAGCGAAAGCGACGAUAGCGAUGUUGGACGACUACAAGCGCUGCUUGAAUCACGUGGAUUGCCUCCGCAUCUGUUCGGCGCCCUUGGACCGAGAAUGCAGCAUUUGUUGCAGAAGAGUAUGGGGAGCAGUACGAGUACCAAAGCUCAACAAUUACUUCAGGGAUUACAGGCAACUGGAGACGAAGGUCAGCAAUUACAGGCGGUAAUAGAAAUGUGCCAAAUGUUGGUUAUGGGUAACGAAGACACCUUAUCAGGGUUCCCGGUCAAGCAGGUCGUAUCCGCUUUGAUCGUUUUACUUUCAAUGGAACAUAAUUUCGAUAUGAUGAAUAACGCUUGUCGUGCGUUAACUUACAUGAUGGAAGCUCUACCUCGUUCGUCGGUCGUCGUAUUGGACGCUGUGCCGGUAUUCUUGCAGAAAUUACAAGUGAUUCAAUGCAUGGAUGUAGCCGAACAGAGUUUAACUGCUUUGGAAAUGCUGUCGAGAAGACAUAGUAAAUCGAUUCUACAAGCUAGAGGCGUGUCGGCCUGUUUGAUGUAUCUGGACUUCUUCAGCAUAGUUGCCCAACGAGCUGCAUUAGCGGUCACAGCCAACUGUUGUCAGAAUCUAUCGCCGGAGGAGUUCUAUUUCAUCGAACCUUCGUUACCGUUGCUGUCGACUAGAUUGACUCAUCAGGAUAAGAAAAGCGUCGAAAGCGUUUGUCUGGCUUUCAGCAGAUUAGUCGAAAGUUUUCAAAACGAGCAGAAAAAGUUACACAUUUUGGCCGGAAACGAUUUACUUAAAAAUUUACAACAAUUGCUCGUCGUUUCGCCGCCUGUUAUCAGUACCGGAACUUUCAUUACGGUUUUAAGGAUGCUUUCGACGAUGUGCGCCAGCUGCUCCGAUUUGGCCGUCGAAUUACUUAAAAAUAACAUCGCCGAUACGUUAUGCUAUCUUUUGACCGGAUCGCCCGAUGGUGCUAAUGGAAAAGAAGAGAUCGAGCUAGUUUCUCGAAGCCCGCAAGAGUUGUACGAAAUUGUUUGUUUGAUCGGUGAGCUAAUGCCGAAGCUUCCAAGCCACGGAAUGUUCGCGGUAGACAGCCUUUUGGAGAAAUCAUCGCCGUUGCCAGGAGCCAAUCAUCAAGAUAUUCCUAUCGUAUGGCAAUGGAAGGACGAUAGAUCUCAAUGGCAUCCGUAUUCACCGAUGGAUUGUAGAAUUAUCGAAGCGUCCCAUCAAUCGGGAGAAGAAGACGUGAGCUUGACGACGCAAGGACGAACGUAUACCAUCGAUUUCCAUCUGAUGCGACAGAUUAACGACGAUACAGGCACAACGAGACCGGUGAAACGUACGAUAAAUACAGUAUUCUUAGCCAACUCCGUCUCGACGAACGAUGCGAACGCCGAUGCUAGCGGCGGUUUAUCUGGUGCUAAUAAUAAUCAUCAAUAUGAUUCUGAUCUCAAAUUCGUCGAAAGCGGAUUGGCGUCUUCUUUCAUAAGAUCAUUAUUCGGCAUUUUAUACGAAGUGUACAGUAGCUCAGCUGGACCUUCUGUUCGAUACAAGUGUUUGAGAGCCUUGCUACGUAUGGUCUACUACGCUCCGCCGUAUUUGUUACAAGAAGUACUAAAGAAUAAAUUGGUCUCGAGUCAUAUCGCCUGUAUGAUGGCAUCGCAGGACUUACGAAUCGUCGUAGGUGCCUUACAAAUGGCCGAAAUCCUAAUGCACAAACUGCCAACCGUUUUCGAAGUACAUUUUACUCGCGAAGGAGUUAUAUAUCAAGUUCAACAAUUAAUCAAUAUGCCCGUGUUACCUCCUUGUAUGGUCCCGUCUACCUCAGAAUAUCAUAUCCUCAGCUUACCUCCUAUUCCAAAUGUCUCAAGCGCCUCUUCGAAUAACGUUCCUGCUAGCAAUAAUUCCUCUCCGAGCAGUAAUAACAACAAUAGUACUAAUAUAAAUAACAAUAACAGUAGUAAUAAUACGAGUAUUAGUAGUAACGGCACAAGCCCGAGUAACAACGAUAACAACGGUAACGUGGAUAAUUCGACAACGAGUGUCGCUGGCGGCACUUCGACCACAACCACGACCGCCGCCGCUGCCCAGGGCGCUGCUACGACUUCGACUACUACGACAACGACCAACUCGAGCAACACGACGACGACUUCGGCAUCGGUGACUAGCGGCGAUGGUGAUAACGAGAACAGCCUGAAUGGCGGCAGCGAUUUGAGCAGUAAUCGAGAUACCUCUCAGUUGGUUACCAUGGUUCAGUGCAAUAAUUUGUUGACUAGUCACGAGUCGACCUUAGCUUCGGUAUCGUCGGCCAAUGGAAGCAUUCCGUGUAUUAGCAAUAGUUACGAAAACGCCAUACCACCUCCGUUCGCCAACGUUUUACUCGCGGCUUCGCAAAACAACACGAAUUACGCUCCGUUGCCGACUGAUUUCCCAUCAUUGCCCGUGAGCGACGAGUCGAAUAGUCGUACCACUUCUCAUACUCAUAUAAGAUUAACCGACGUCCUGAAACGUAAACGGACCGCCAAACGCCCAGCUACCUCGACGACUAGUCGUAAAAGACAAGACGAUUUGUCAUCUUCGGUCAUGAUGCAGGAGAUGUUCAGCCGAGGAUCGAGCAAUAGUCACGUGAGCGCCAAUGUCGCCAGCAGCGGUAGCAGCGCUUCGUCCAGAUCUCGUUUAUCAGUAGCCACUAUGAAGACUAGCAGCUUUUUCGCGUCGCUGAAUCCAGCCCGAUGGGGUCGGCAUGCCGAACGUACUUUCCAAAAAACAACAAUGCUAACUUCUCCUUCUGCGCAGGAAUUAGGGACAUUAUCAAAGAGCGUCAGCAACGUCAGCAUCAGCGCCGGUAAUCGCGAAAAAGCCAAGAUAUGGAUACGCGAAAGAGCGGCCAUUUUUAUGAACUUGUACAACACGAAAUUGAACAGCUCGACUACGGUAGAAAGUGGUUUCCAUCCGGCCACGUCGAUUCUCACUCAGCUUAUAGCUGCUAUCAAAAAACUAGCCAAAGAGCCUGCCGAUGGUAUCCCGCCGUUGUUAGAUUUAAAGGAAAUCGUCCUAUCGUCAGACAUAUCAUCGUUCGAAGUUAACCACAGUGGAAUGGUUGACGCUCUGUUGAUGUACUUGACCCGUCUAGAUGAUCAGUUCGCCAACGUCGACCGGAAUCAACGAUUGCGUAAUUUCAUUCACGUGUUUGCCAGCUGUCCUGCUGGUUUCGAAGUACCUGCCGGAGAUCGUGAUGUUACCGCGUUCGCAGCGUUAGUUAAUAAAUUGAACUGUUGUAUAUCUCAACUGGAACAGUUCCCGGUUAAAGUGCACGAUUUACCUGCCGGAGCUGGCAGCACAACUGCGUUGAAGUUUUUCAAUACUCAUCAGUUGAAAUGCCAUUUACAACGUCAUCCCGAAUGCACCAAUUUGAAACAGUGGAAAGGAGGUACCGUGAAAAUCGACCCACUCGCCAUGGUCCAGGCCAUCGAACGAUACUUGGUGGUGAGAGGAUAUGCGAGAAUACGCGAUAAGGAUCUGGCCGACUCGGACGAUGACAAUAGUGACGAAGAUAUCGACGAUACUUUGGCUGCUGUGGUCAUCAGCCAAAGCGGAUCCAGGCACAAGUUACAGUUCUUGAUCGGAGGUCACGUGUUGCCUUAUAACAUGACCGUGUACCAGGCGGUCAAACAGUUCUCGCCCAAUGUAACCAACGAUUUCUCCGAGAACGAUACCGAUAGUGAGACACCCCUAGGAUCAGCUAAUAUCUGGGUUCAAACCCAUACCGUUUACUAUCGCCCUGUACCUGAAGAAAGCGCCACGUCGACUAGCGCCCGAACCGGACCCAGCAAUCCGGUACCGAUCAGAAAAGGUAAAUCGGGAUCUGCCAAAUCGGUCUCGAAAAAGAAAUCCGACGAUUUGUGGAAUGAAGGUAAUUCGCCUUUGGCCAAAUCGCCGUUGGAUCCGUUCUUGUUCAUGUCACUUCCUCCCGGCGUGGUUGUGCAAGAUGCCUCGUUACCUGUGCUCACGUUGCUGAGGAUAUUGCACUCGAUAUCCAGAUAUUGGGGUACUCUUUAUCCGGCCGUUAGCUAUAAAUCAUUGCUCUCGUUACAAGAUUUCGUCAACACCAAAUUAUCAGCUAAAGCGAAUCGCCAGCUGCAGGAUCCAUUGGUAAUCAUGACCGGUAACUUGCCUUGUUGGUUGCAUCAGAUCGCUGUGUUAAGUCCAUUUUUGUUACCAUUUGAAACACGUCAAUUGUUAUUCUACGCGACGGUAUUCGAUCGCGAUCGAGCUCUUCAACGAUUACUAGACUCGAGCCCGGAACUAGGAGGCAGUGCCGAUUCGCAGGAACGUGUCGCUCCUCGACUCGAUCGUCGUAAACGUACCAUAUCGCGGGAGGAUAUCUUGAAACAAGCCGAAACUGUGAUUUCAGACGUUGCCUCUUCGAAAGCUCUGCUCGAAGUGCAAUACGAAGAUGAAGUGGGUACCGGUUUAGGACCGACGCUGGAAUUUUACGCAUUGGUCUCGCAAGAGUUACAAAGAGCCGACUUGGAGCUGUGGAUUAAUCCGAAUCCGUCGAAAGAGCAAACCUACGUGUUCAGCCCAGUCGGCCUGUUCCCAGCACCUUUGGGAAGGACUACCAAAGUAUCUCAGUUGGUGAAAAUCAAAAGUAAAUUCAGAUUCCUCGGUAAGCUGAUGGCCAAAGCUGUUAUGGAUUCUAGACUGCUUGAUCUACCGUUCAGUAUCGUGUUUUAUAAAUGGAUGCUGGGUCAAGAAAACACACUCUCGGUAUGUGAUCUGGCCGAUGUCGUGCCCGAUGUUUAUAACACAAUCGUACGCCUGAGGGGACUGUGUAUGGAGAAAAGAGCCAUCGAAACUGAUACUACACUGGAGAAAGAACAACAAGAUACGAAGAUAAAUCAAUUAACAUUGGACGGUUGCCCAAUCGAAGAUCUCAGCUUAGAUUUUACGCUUCCUGGAUAUUCUCACAUAGAGUUAAAGAAGAACGGGAAAAACACCCCGGUUACUAUACAUAAUUUAGAAUCGUAUUGUAGGCUCGUAACAUACUGGUUCUUAGUAGAAGGCGUCAGCCGGCAGAUGGAAUCGUUCCGCGAAGGCUUCGAAAGCGUAUUCCCAGCAGCCAGAUUAAACAUGUUCUACGCCGAAGAACUGGAAAAAGUAUUCUGCGGCUCGGAAACUUAUUGGGAUGUGAAAACGUUAAUGGAAUCGUUCAGACCCGAUCACGGAUACACGAGUGAUUCAAAAGCCAUCCAGAACCUAAUGGAAGUACUGGCUUCCUACAAUGUCUCCGAACAACGCGAUUUUCUCAGAUUUGUUACCGGAUCGCCUCGUUUACCCGUAGGAGGUUUCAGAGCAUUAUCACCGCUGCUGACAGUGGUUCGUAAAACGGUCGAUAACAGCACGAAUCCUGACGAAUAUCUACCUAGUGUGAUGACCUGCGUUAACUACCUUAAAUUACCCGAUUAUACUUCGAUCGAAGUGAUGCGAAUCAAGUUACGUUUAGCAGCAGUAGAAGGACAGAAUUCUUUCCAUUUAUCGUAAACGAUAAUUUUGUAUGUGAUGAUAGGGUUUCUUUGUAUAUCUCGAAAAAAAAAAACGUCAAGUCUUGAAAAAAAAACCGAACGUUGAUGCGCCUAGAAAACGACGUAUUUUUGCCUAUUUUCUUUACUCGAAUCAGUUUUUAAUUUUUUUCCUUAUUUAUUGAACCUUUUUUUUUGUUUCGUUUCAUCAAAAUGAAUUUAUAAAUUAUUUCCAACGAUAUAAAAAAAAAAAAAAAAAAAAUGAAGAACAUUUUUAAAAUUCGUAUGUUCGUGUUGAAAUUCUCGGUUGAAAAAUUAACGACUCGUAAUUUGUACAGUAUUCUAUUUAAUAUAAUAUCGUACAUAAAUUAUGUAUUUUGUAGGUUGAUUUUUAUCGAUGACGUAGUUAUUCGCGUCUCUCCCUUGGUACUCUGCUCGUCACUGACCCGUCACCUUCGUCUUAAUUUGAAUCGAAUUCGUUCGUUUUGUGGUCUUUUUUUUUACCCCCAAAUGAAGAUAUCUCUCUCGUCAGAUUUACAUUUAGGAUUCAUUUUGCUCCAAGUGGCAGUUUCUCUGUCUCGAUAAAAUAACUAGGUAUUUACUAAUCAAACUUCGAUUUUAAAUUUUUUUUUGUUUUAAUGGAAGGUAUUACGCGUAUAUGUUUGUAGGGAAUAGGGAUAUGGGGUGCGCUGUGUAUGUUGUGAAAUAAUACUAAUGAGAUUUUAAGUGCGCUCGUAAAAGUUUGUGGUUAUGUGUAUUUAAAGUUUACCAGUUACAUAUUUUUUUCCUCUUCUUUUUUUUUCUCUCGUUAAAAAUCAUCGAUUACGAUGAGUAAUACCACCUUUUUGAAGUCUGAUUUUUUUUAAACGUAUUAAUUUUUAGGAUCAAGUCGAAUAUAUAACAAUGUAUAGUUUUUGUAGCUAUUUCGAUUUUAUUUGAUUUCUUUUUUUUUCGUUCUUUCGCGCCUUUAUCUUAUUCAGUUCGUGUGUUCGAGACUCAGAACAGAGCUAAUUUCGUGGUGGUAAAAUUUUAUACGUGAUGGGUAAUAUUUUUUUUGUAGCUUGGUAUAUUAUCUCCUGUUUUUUCUCUUCUCUUUAUUAUUAUUAUUAAUACGUUUGUUUCGAUCGAUCGUCUAUAGAAAUUUUUAUUUAUCGUAGGGUUAUUUUAACGAAUUCAUGAAAGACGUUUUUAUUUUACAAUAUUUUUACGUGUACGCGCCCCUUGAAUUUUUUUUUUUUGUGUGUAAAUACCGAACGUUGAUUUCUUUUCUUUUUUUUUCAUAUUCACAAAUAUAUUGUAUUUUUAAGAUCUCUUGUUUUUUUCUCCCCUCUUUCUCUUCUAUAUAUAUUUAUAUACAUAUUAUACGAUACGUCGUGUUAAUUCGCUUUCAAUGCUGUCGCCUUCGAAGUGUUUUAUUUGUGUAUUAUAAUGAAAUUUCUAGCUUAUAUUUGUUUUAUUUUUUAAGAAUGAAUUCAUGUUUCGUGAAAAUAAUAAAUUGUGUAAUAUAUGGA